CUGCGAGAGAGUUCGACCUUCUUGGCGUCAGCGUUGUUUGAUAUUCAUAUUAUCCCAGCCGUAUUUUAAUAUACUCCUGUUUAUUGGAAAAUUGGUUGUUAGUCACUAUGGAGAGUAGUGGUAAUUUUGAUCGUUUCAGCAUUGACGAAGAUGAUGACGAUUUAGAGGACGAUUUCUCCUCUGGAAGCAUGUCUUUCAACGGGCGACUUGUCAUUUCUGGCGAUCCUGUAAUGUAUCCUUCGCUAAUUCCUUCGCUUGGAAGCCCUGGUAAGAUUAACAGUAUCAAUUCAUAACAUGAGGUUUGAAGUAGAACUUUCCCUUUGCUUUGUUACGCUAUACGUUAUUGUUACUUGCAGCUAUCGUGACAGCAAGAAAAUUAGACAAUGGUUCCGGUAGAAAAAGUCUACCCGACUUGUUGAAAUUUGAUCGAUAUCCGCACCACUGGAAAGAACUUUAAUGCAAUAUCCGAAAUCCUAGCGGAACAUGCCGCAUUCACGGAAAAACGUGAACUUUUGAAAUCUGUUUGAAACACGAGUUAGCUUGAUUGUGUGUGGGUGGUGGAAUGUUGCUUUGGAUAAACUUUCCUUUGGUGUCAAAGUAACGGUAUUUAAUAAUUAGCAAUUAUUGAAUACGUAUGGGGUGAAGAAUUAUGCAGAUCGAGGAGGCUGUUGUGAUAACAGCCUGGGAGAUGUGUACUUAUGAGAAUUGAACUACAAGGGUCUCUUUUGCGACAAUUACCGUAAAGGACCUAAACACUUAGGGUGUCUAUUGAAUUUUAGGGGUCCAUGUAGGAGGCCUUUAAAAGGGAGAGGGGUUUAUUCUGAUAACUGUAACAAGCUCAACGAAAAUAAUAUGACUUCAGCGAAAAUUUCAAAUGAGAGAGUUAUAAAUAGCGGAAUAUCCGCUUUAUCAGUUGAUACGUCUAGGAAUCCUUAUGGUUCUUUCAAAUCCCAAAAUCUAUGUCAGAAUCCUUGAUCAGGAUUAUUGUGUUUGCAACGUUAGUCUAUCCUUACUUAGAACUUGAUAUUGAAUGAGAUAAAAUAUGCAGAGCCUUGCUAACCAAGCAAAAAACUGAACCAACUGAAUGAUUUUACUCCUUUUUGCUAAUUCGUAGUAUUUUGGAGUAAUUAUUGUCAUAGGGAGCGUCUAUUAGAUGGAGGGCGUUUAUUAGAGAGGGGCGUCUAAUAAAAUGUUAACAGUGCAGAGAGGGUAUUUAUUAGAUAAGGAGCAUUUAUUUGCAAAUGGGGGUUUAUUAGGUCAUUUACAGUACUUUUUGGAAGAGAAUUUAUGGUGUACAAUUUCAUCUAAAAUAUGAUAAUAUGUGUAGUUAGUACUUCGUAGUAAAUGCAGCAGCAAUACACAGAGAUCAGAAAAUGCAUGAAGUGGUUGCUUACAAGACGUUUAAAAACAAUAGAAAAUUAUAAAAUCAUGAGCCCAAAUAGUGAUCAUAGUCACUAAAAGGGUGGUCAUUUAGGGUUUGAGUGGGAAAUUUUGUCAAUUUGUGCUCACUUAUAAGAGGUGGUUACAAGAGUUGAUUGCAAGUGGGGUUCAAGUGUAAUCUCAUUGUCUUUGGUCUAAGAAUCAUGGUGCCCAGCAGAGUAAGAGGAAACUUUUCUUAUUUAACCCAUUCGCUCCUGGAGAUUUUGCCGAAAAACGCGUUUUGAAGCUAGUCGCGUGGUUUUCUGGUCACUGUCAUGCUAUAAAGAGCUAAAACUUACCACAAACCCGUUCACAGGUCGUGCACUUCACGGCCUUCUGAUCCAGAUGCAAAAUAUCACCUUGCGUAGUUCGGGCAUGAGCAGAAAGCAAAAUUUCCAGAUAGUUUUUGGGUUUAAAAGUGUCACAGCAGUCUUUACUUUUACUUUUCGCUUUCUCUCCUUGCCUCUUUUUUUUUUCACUUUUCUUGCCUCAAUUUUUUUUCUCUUGCUGGGCAUUUAGUAGGCUUCAUUUCGGUGGGAAGAGUUUUUAGGAAAGCUUUUAGGAUCUUAGGAUUAGGUGAAAGGAAAGGUAGGUGGGCAAUGGAACAAGAUUUUCAUGGAGAUUUACUGGUCAAUCUUGCAUGGUUUUUUGCCUUUUUCUCCGGUGUCCUUGACUGAAUUGUGCUCAUUCUGGUGUGGUUUGAAAGAUCUCUUCACUCUGCACAAGGUAGAGGACAAAGUUGUCCUUGACCGUUAAAACUGAUGACGUCACAAGGGGUAGAUAGGACGUGGAUCCGCAUGGGCGGUUACGGGCGGUUCAGGGGCGAAUGGGUUGAUAUUAUUGUUCCUCUGACAAGCACUAUAUUAAAUUUUGUUGUCUGAAACACAUAGGUUUUUGUCCAAAAAGUUUGCAAGGUUCCUAAGCUAAACGGAGCUCGUGAAAACAAGUGAAAUGGCCCCAGUACGGCAAAGUUAAAAGGAGUGUUUAACCUUAUUUUGUCAAGUAUGAGGUUUGCUUUUAUGACAAUUUUCAAGUCAAUUUAAGUCCAUUUUCAACUGUUUUCAAAUUGUAUUUUUCUAUUUGAAAAUGUGCUUGUCCCACAGACAAGUCAUGUGAAAGGUUUACAUGUCAGAACUAAAUUUCUACCUGUCCUGGGCAAUCUGACAUAGGUUUUGGCACACCCUGCCCAGUCCAAUCCCUUUUUUUUAGAUCCAUCAGUAAGUUCAUGCUUCUCAAGUACAAGUUAUAUUUUGUUCAAUUUAAGGGCGAGGUAUUGUAUUUGUACCAGAAGAUAUCAGCAGUGAUUGUGAGAGUGAUGAAGAGACGAAUGAUAGCAUUUGUAAAGGCCAUGGAAUAUCAGUCACUACUGAUCCUCAGAGUAUCAAGUUUGAGAUCUUCUCAACCAGGAUUCAUGAAUAUCAGCGCAAGCAAUGUGUGGUAUGUACAAUGUACUCUGGAACUUUCUGAAGUCACAGUCGUGCCUUCUGAGAGGGUGGGGGGAGGUUAAUCUUAGGAAUUCUUGGUGGGAGUGUGCCACCCGGUUCUCUAAAUUCUUACCCUAUAUUUUUAGACCAAAAUAAUGCUAUUUUCCACACCCAUUUUUUCGGGCCUGGCUCCUAAAACAACCUGUUUUGAGACCUUGCAUUGGCCAAUCACCAAGUCCAGUUUGAAUGAAGUAUUAUUCUAAAAUUCAAAUACAGUCGUACACUCUCAUGGCUCUGUCAAUAGCCAUACUAGAUGUUAACUGAAAUGGCUCCAAAAGCAUGGCUUGUGUAGGGGAGUAAUCGUGAUCCCCCCCCCUAGAAUUUAUUAGUCUGUCAUUCCCUGAAGAUUCAGUGAGAAAUAUCUAAGUGGGACGCAUGAUGCAUUUUUGGGGACAGAAUCUGAAAGUAUUAAUUUUUUUGGCCAAUCAGAAGUAGGGCAUUCAAAUGCUGCUGAAAGAAGUUUGGUAGAAUACCUUCCCCAUUCUUCUUGUAAAUUGCAUACACUAAUUUCACUUGUCUGUAUACCAUCAUAUCCUGAUUAGCUGCUUCUGUGGGGGAGUAAUCACGCCACUGCAAUAUAUAAGUGGGAAAUGCUGCUGAAACAAGUUUGAUAGAAUAAUGUCCAACAUUCUUGUAAACUUGUUAUGGCUUAAUUUUAUCCUUGGUUUAAAAUAAUUUUAUUUUCCUUUGUUUUUGGACAUAGUAAUAUAAUUUAACAAUUAAUGAAUGAGGCUGAGUUUUUUAUGAAGAAUUAUGGAGAUCGAGGAGGGUGUUAUCCGUCGAGGCCAUAGGCCGAGGCGGAUAAAACCCUCUGAGAUCUCCAAAUUCUUCAUAUGAUAUGAAAGCCAAAUUCAAACAUUAUUAUUCAUACAAAAUAAUUCCUAGUUUAAAAACAAAGCUAAAACAUGCUUACCUCCAUCGAUACCUCCUUCGAUAGUGCACGGUUAGGGUUGUUCAGCUCUGCAAAAUAAUAUUCUCCAAAUAGCAGAUGUCGUAGAUGUUGUUCUUGCUGUUCUUGCCAUGUUUUAAGCUAUAAUGUUGCCUAGUUCUUACUCUUGAAACGAGUGAAAUGUCCACCAUAUUAAUUUUUGUUUUUAUAACCAAAACAACUCAACCUUGUCCCCAGGUCUUCUCGGUUAACAGUGCCUUAACCUGCAAGAACGCUGCAUUGUUGAUGUCAUUUCCUCGUGAAACACAAAAUUCUUCCAAAUUUGGUCAACAGUAACUGGUUAUGGUGAAUUAUACGUGUGCUUUUAGCCAAUCAGAAUCAGAGAAAUAUUUUGAAUGAAUAAUAAAUCAUGUUAAGGACUUUGAAACAAUUAGGAAAAUGAAAUUUAACUUUAAUUUCACUUGUGAGAAAUUUUCAUCAUAUAAUUGACCAUGACCACAUAAGAGAGAAUGUAUGGAAGCUGCUAAAAUUGGGCCUGAUCUAAGGUUAUAUCCAACUAGAUGCUUAUCCAGGGGACUAAUCAUGACCCCCCUUCCCCCCCCACGGGACUUAGUUUAAAAGAAUAAUUUCCCCAUUCUUCUUGUAAACAUUUUUGUACACCAAUUUCACUUGUGAGUAUUCCAUCAUAUCCCAAUUAGAUGAUCCAGGGACUCCAGCAGUGAUGUGUUUUCUGUAUGUUGGCUGAACCCAAUUAAAAUGCCUGUACGCAUUUUUUUCUAUUUGUAUUGUAGUUUUACUCCCUUAUGGUCCUGAGAACUGAAGGGAUUGACACAGAUAGAGCCUUGAUAGAGAGACGAUAUUCUGACUUUGCUGCCCUGUACAAAGCACUCAAGAAGGACCAUUCAAGCGUUGUGGAAAAUGUUGCAUUUCCUGGAAAACUUUUCGGACAGAAAAGCAACUUAAACCCUGAAAAUAUUGAACUUAGACGUUCGUCCUUUGAGACAUUCCUGCAAAAGAUUUGUUACAGUAAUGAAGCACGUCUUCAUCCAGCUUUUAGAGAAUUUUUCUAUCUUCCGGAAUUACGAGAGGCAACAGAAAAACUCAAAGGAGGUCAACUGAAAAGUGGUUUAAAAUUAUUAUUAAACACCCUUCAUCUUCAAGUUAAGUUGGGUGAUGAAGUGAGGGAGAUUAUUGCUACUCUUUGUGGAAUUGUUGUCAUUCAUGAAGCCCAGAGUAAAUUGGAAGAGGCAAAUCGUUAUGCGACAGCUGCACUAGAGUUAGCACAAGAUGACUUUUAUUGUCCCCAUUUGAUUCCUUUGCUGGAUACAGCAGCUAAUUUAAGGUGGAAACUUCAAAUGGAGAAGAAGACUUUAGAGAGACACUUAAAUCGUGUUCAACGAAUGAGUGGAAUAGAAGCUGAUAAUGCCUUCACACUCCGAGAACUUGCUGUUAUGAGGUUUGACAAGUAA